UGAAGGAUUUGACUUACGAUAAUUUUGUUGUAAACAACCAGUUAUGAAGGCGUGACAUAAACUAUGAACAAGGGAUAUGACUCAGAUUUAUUACUAAAUGAAUAUAUUAUCUAUAAAUACGUUGUUAGAAUAAUAGAGAAGUGAUUUAGAUUGAUUCAGAUUUCCUAGUUGUCUUCUCAGCGAUGUGGCAGAACAAAUGUUUAUAUGGCGGGGGGUAGAAUUUCAGCAAAAAAAUGCAUUGAAUUAGCGUGUACUUCUAAUGGUACAAUUUCAGAUAAAGAUGCAAUUGAGAGUAACAAUUAUGAAAAUGGAGACGCUGAUCUUGGCAAAAAACGUACUUUCCAGAACGAAAUUCAUUUAGAUUAGAUUGAGCAUCAGAAAAUCCAAAAACGCCAAUUAUUUGACUGUUGGUGUGUAUAAUGAGAGCCAAAAGUUAUCAAAAAAACUAAGCUGGAGUUGAAACUAAGUGGUGUUUUGUAAGCCCGACGCUUCACCCAGGGAAACAUAAAACCUAAUUCAACGUUCGGGGAUCCCAAUUUUUCUCUGCUCCAAUUUUUGACAACAAUGACAAUUUUGACCACAAUGGUAUUGCAAUCCACUCAUGAACCAAUAUUAUACUUACUGUUGAACAAAACAAUAAAUGUAUACACAAAUAUGGAACAGUAUAGUCAAUGCCGAAAUUGUAAAACCAUGUACAAACUAAUAAAUUGCCAAUGUGGCCCGCCGCUUCAUUAUCUGUGGCCCGCGUCGCAUUCGGGGAGGAAUCAAAAAUCGCAUUCCGUGUUGUUUCGUCAUAAAAUUAACCAAGAAAUCUUUUGACAUAUAUAUAUAUUGUUGCAUCACUAAUGUCACUGAAUUGACUAGUGUUGUGGCUUGCUGAGGCAACUAGCGAAGUUCUUGGCACUAUUGUGGCCCGCGAACAAUGCAAAAGUAAAGCUAUUCUUGUGAAUUUUAUUACAAACCAAAAUCCUUGUCAUGAGUCAUCAAUGAUUAUGAAACAAAUCCGGCGAUCUGUAAUCACUUUGACUAGAACAAAAGAAAGCAAAUUCUAUGAAUUAUAUUUGACGAGGUAGAAAUCACCAGAAUAUAAGUUAUUGCGUUUAUUCUUUUUUCUUUCUUAUACUAUUACUAUACAUAAUGUACUACGAGAGAUAUUGCACGGCUCAAAGGAGACAAAGUCAACAUAUUCUGUUCUUUUGGUGUUGUUAAUAAAAAUAAACGUCGGUGAAUACAUUUGACACCACACAAACCAUGAUUUAUAGAAGCAGUCUUGGGAAUGGUGGCUUUUGUCAAUGUCAACUGUUUCAAUCGUUGAAGUGGCGAUUUGAUUACAAUAAAGCGAGUAAACUAAUGAAGUGGGACUUAUUACGGCUCGGAGGCGUGGCAGUGUUAUUGACAUGCAGUUUUGGAAUUAUAGUUUUAUGGGUUUAUACAGAUUUAGUGAAGUAUGGACGGGAAUGGAUCAGGUUCAGGCCCGGUCGGCUGCUAUUGAGAAAUACGCUAGUCUCUGAAGAUAAGAAUAUUUCAUAUCCAAUCAAUACUUCCCUUCCAAGUUUACCUGCUUCCGCAUUGCCAAUUUUACAAAAUGAAGUUCAAGCAAAAUACAUGAUGCCUACGAAAGACUACUUGACGAGUCUGAGAUUUAUUAAAAGUCGAGCCAUGACACAUGUUGACUGUGACGCUAUAAUGACAGGCGAUGAGACAGCAAUAAAAUUUGCUGAAACCGAAAGAGAAAUACUAUAUUCUGAGAAAAAUGGCACACGGAAAAAUAUGCUGUUGAAUUCAGAUCAAACGGUUGCUAGUUGGGCGGACAAUUGUACUUUAUAUGUGAAAUCACGAAAGUAUAUUACAUCUUCACUGACGUUAGAAGAAGCGGAAUAUCCAAUUGCAUACAUCAUCAGCAUUUAUAAAAAUAUUCAAUCAUUUGAACAUUUGUUGCGGACAAUUUACCAGCCUCAAAAUAUUUAUUGUAUUCAUAUUGAUCAAAAAUCAUUGGCUGAAUUUCAAACUCGAGUCAUGAAAAUUAUAAAAUGUUUUAACAACGUGUUCUUGGCGCAACACAUGACGAGAGUUUGGUACGGUCACUGGACAAUUGUACAAGCUAGUCUCUACUGCAUGGAAGAUCUUAUCAAACGGAAAAACGAUUAUCGGUGGUAUUACGUAAUCAAUACAUGCGGACAAGAUUACCCAACAAAAACUAAUCUUGAAAUUAUCCGAGCGUUGAAAACUUUGCAUGGAUUAAAUAGUGUACCAUCGCGUACCAUUAAGAUCACAGAGGAAAAAUACAGAAGAUUUCAGUUUGUGUACAAUCAUUCAAUGAAUAUUGAUAUCGACCAUGGAGGAUUAUAUAAAACAGAUGUUAAAAAGAAACCCCCGCCUCACAACAUUCAACCGUUCACUGGAAAAGAUUAUUUUGUAUUCAAAAGAGAAGCUGUUGAAUAUUUAUUAACAGAUCAAAGAGUUUUUGGAUUUCCUUGAAUGGGCAAAAGAUACAAAAAUACCGGACGAAACAGUUUGGGCAACAUUGCAACGAAUGCAUCCACGAUUACCCGGCAGCACACCACCUGAUAAAAAAUACGACACUUACAGUGGAAAUACCCUCUCUAGAACAAUACAAUGGCAAGGUCC